AUUCAGUUUAUUCAUUCAGUCACUCACGUUGCUUGCGGUGUGGUGUCGGGGACGUCUCAAUCUAGUGGUGCAACGUAAAAGAGGAACACGUUUGUCUGAGACAGGGAGAUAAUGGGAACCUUAGUUAAUAACAUAACACAAUAUUACUAUUAUGUUAAUGAAGAACUUGCAGACCCUCGGACGAACCAGUUCCCGCUGGUGUCGAGUCCGCUCCCCGUGAUGCUGAUCAUGUACGUCUACCACCGCUUCGUGCGCUCGUGGGGCCCCGCCUUCAUGGCCAACAGGCCGCCGUACAAACUGAAGAAGCUGAUUAUAUGUUAUAAUGUAUUACAGAUUUUCUUGUCAGGAUAUUUAAGUCUACAGUGCCUGACCCGGCUAUACUUGUCGGGCUACUACAGCCUGUGGUGUCAGAAGAUCAUCUACGACGACACGCCGCUGGAGAGGAUGGUAGUCCACCGGGUUUGGCUCUACUACAUGAUCAAACUCGUCGAUUUAUUAGACACGGUGUUCUUUGUUCUGCGCAAGAAGUUCUCCCAGGUGUCGUUCCUGCAUGUGUACCACCACCUGGGCAUGUGUCUGCUCGGGUUCAUAGGCACCAAAUAUGUUCCAGGCGGUCACGGCAUAAUGCUGGGCUUCAUCAACUCUAUGGUGCACGCCGUCAUGUAUACCUACUACCUGAUCUCCAUCGUGAGACCGCAGUGGGUACGUCAGUGGUGGAAGAAAUAUAUCACGCAGUUGCAGAUUUUGCAGUUUUUGAUCCUAAUCCUGCACUUCGGCCAUGUGUUGUUCGAGCCCUCGUGCGAGUACCCAAAGUGGAUAUCUUUCAUGUUCCUGCCGCAUAAUAUCUUCAUUCUAUUCUUAUUUUCCGAUUUUUACAUCAAAGAGUAUAUUCUUAAGAAAAAUAAAAAGAAUUAAAUAGGU